CAUAAAAGAAAGCCUUCCAUUUUUGAAACGCAGAAACGGGGUAUACAGGAGACAGUUGAGCAUCAUGUGGUCGACUAAGCUGUGUCGAGUACCUGUCGUAACUUUAGUAGGAUCAGUUGGAAAACAGUUCACAUUUCGUACAGCUCAGAAGCCUUGCACAUUUGUGAAAAUACAACAAUGUUCCCAAAGUACACGUACAUCAUUCACCAAAAGAGCACAAAAGAGGAUGUCAUUGAAGGAGACUACCAUGGCUCCAGCAGGAACCAAGGCAUUUCAGAUUGGAAAUGCUGUAGCAGCCGGGGCCUCUGUAGUGGGAAUUGGAGCCUUGUGUUUUUACGGACUGGGUUUGUCCAGUGAAGCAGGGGCUGUUGACAGAGCUAUAAUGUGGUCCCAGGAGGUGAGACAUCGUAUCAGAGCUACCUACAUGUACUUUGGUGGCAGCGUUGCACUAACAGCAUUGUCAGCCAUGGCUGUUGUACGAACCCCCGUCCUCAUGAACCUGGCGAUGAAGAACUCCUGGCUGGCAAUAGGGGCCUCUUUUGCUGCCAUGAUCGGCACAGGGAUGGUUUGUCGAUCCAUCCCCUACAAGGAGGGUUUCGGGGCCAAACAGCUGGCAUGGAUGCUGCAUAGUGGUGUGAUAGGAAUGGUGAUUGCCCCUAUAACACUGAUGGGUGGCCCAAUCCUUGUGAGGGCUGCAUGGUAUACUGCUGGAGUUGUGGGAGGACUUUCUGCACUUGCCAUGUGUGCGCCUAGUGAGAAGUUCCUCAACAUGGGAGCCCCUCUGACAAUUGGUCUUGGUCUGGUAGUGGUUUCCUCCCUUGGUACCAUGUUUUUCCCACCUGCUACGGCCCUAGGUGCAGGACUGUACUCCUUCAGUUUGUAUGGAGGGGUGGUCCUUUUCGGAAUGUUCUUGCUCUAUGACACACAGAAAAUCAUCAAAAAUGCUGAACACCACCCAUCCUACUCUCCUGUUCCUUACGAUCCUGUCAACCAAUCGAUUGGUAUCUACCUGGACACCAUCAACAUCUUCAUCCGACUGGCAAUGAUUCUUCAAGGUGGCAAGAAGAAGUAAAAAUGUGAUGAUUUUAAAAUGAGUGAAGUUGGUACCUUCAUAACUUGAAAUAAAGUGUGAUAAUUGAUAUUCCAUUGAAACACUGCAGAUGAGAAAGAGUACAUUUCAGCGGAGGAACCAAGCAUGUCUCCUGCUGGAAUUAUGAACAGGAGAGACAUCAAAGGCUCAGAAUGUUAUAAUUGAUGGAAUGAGGGACCUGGAAGAAUGCUUUUGGCUGACAAGACAGUUGUGAUAUAAUCACAGUAUUACAAUAUUCCACUCUAUUUCAGUUGUAUAAUUUAUUUAUAUAGGACAUGAGCUGAUGUGAGGACAUCAUUGUGUAAAUUUCAGGAGAGUAUCGAGAUGUAGAUACAGUCAAAUAGUAGUUAAUAUUCCUGGUAAUACCAUCUUAAGCCACCCUAUAGGCUUUAUAUUGCACAAGGAGAUAUAUAACAUUUUAGUCAAAGUAUCUAAUACUGGGUACAUUUACACCUGAUUUUCUUCGAUUGUAAUAAAUGUGUUAUUUUGUU